UCUGAUCGUAAGUGGCCGUGUAGAGCGAGAGCUGAUACAGACGUUUGUGUUAUUAGUCCCUGUUCAAGAGAAUCAACAUGACUGGCGCUUGAACGGAAUGUCAGAUUAGCUUUCAUUCGGACGCAAUCGUCAUUCCUAGUUGGCUGUCGCGCGCACAACUGGGCGAUAGCGCAAUUUCCAGACUUCUAGUAACCAUAUUUUAUUAGAUUCCCAAUCAGGCUUUUCUUUGUAAGACAGUUUACACAUACUGAAACAAAGUGGAUUUAACAGUGGCUACGUGGUUUACCCGCACUCCAAGAUGCUUCUGGUCUCCCAGCGGCUAGACUCACCUCGCAUGGACCCAUUACUGCCAGGAUCCCUGAAGAGGAAAUUGACUGGGGCCGUCGAGAGUUCUGCAUCACUAAACGGGGUCUCUGACACGUCUAUGACCCAAGGAGGUGGCAAACGACUAUCUCUGGAAGAUGUCACCCUGGCCAUGGGCCCCAGCUACCCUCAGCCCCCGUUCCCUUCUGGGAUGGGCAACCAGGGGGGUGUUCUGGAAGCUAAUCGACUGAACAGCAACAACAACAAUUUGGGCUCUCCGUAUUCAGUACCCCCAAAUGCCAGUCCUGGAUCAACACCAGGCACUGGAGGAGGCUCGGGGGGCUUGACAAGUAACUUCAACCCAAAUGGGAGUUCGGCCACUCCUUCGGUGGAACAAGAACUGCAGGAGAUUUUGGAUGAACUUACAAAGAACCCUGAUCCGUCUUUACCAGAGCUUGACAUCGAGAAGAUCUUAGGAAAAGACAGUGAUGACCAAGCAAGUGGUGCUGGAGGUUUUGUCCAUCCGGAGGGUAACGGCACCCCAAAAAGAUCACCACAGAGACAGUCGCACCUGGAAGCCCACCUCACUCAGUCCCCUGGUUUCUCUCAAGCUGGUUCCCCUCAAGUGGGUCCAAGUCCUGCUGGGGCACCCUAUACCCUACCACACCCUUCCAAACCAGUUCCGUCUCCACUCUCAGCAUCACCCCUGUCCUCUUCUUCUUCACAAGGGCAAAAUCAAGCACGGUCACCCAUGCUUUCUGCCGCCCUGUCAAGCCGGCCCGGAUCCAACUGGCAUGAGGUGUCCCGGGCUCAACAGCUUCAGCAGAUGGCGUCGAAUAGUAAGCACCAUUCUAACAACAAUGCAGGUCCUCCACCUGCACAGUCGGGGUUGUCUGGAUUGGGCCAGCAGAGUACUUCCUGGGCUGGUCCCUCCCCACCUUACCGACCAGGGGAUAAGCUGCCUAACUCAUCACCCCAUCAGCAGCCCUUCAGCCCAGCAGGUAAUAUCCAGAGCCCCCAGAGUUCUUUAAUCUCUAGCAUGGCUCCAGCCCCAUCCACCGGACCUUCACCACCCUACAGGCCAGAAAAGCUAGCCAGCCCAGCAAUUGCUCAGCCCCCGUUCAGUCCCCAAAACAGCAUUCUGUCUGGAAAUGCUCCACCAGGAGUUUCAGGCACUGCAAUUCAGGGCUCCCAGGCAAGUUAUCUUCCUGGUGUGGCCCCAACGUCAAACAACACUCGUCCAUCACCUCCAUACCGACCAGAUAAACAUCCAAGUCCAGCUGGGCAAUGCCAACCAGGAACGCAACCUCCGACACAAGGACAUCUUUUCAACUCGCAAAAUAAUCAAGCACCUGCAAUGUCUAGUCAGCUGUUCAAGGCCAUCACUUCCAACCAGCCACCCAGCAGCCUCAAGCUCCUAAUGCAGGCGCAGGGAAAACCCUCACAGCUGCAACUAAACAAGACCACCACAGCUAGUAUGGGACCAGAACCGUACUCUUUCAGCAACACCAAGCCAUUACGACAUUUCGACCCCGAUCCCUCUGUGGCCAAACUGGGUCCUCUGGCUGUGGGAGGAUACCGCAAUUCUAGCAUGCAACCCACGGCGCCCACAUCAGCCACAGGACAUGGACAUCUUCUGCCACAGCGCAUGCAAAGGGGGAUGCCUGCUGGUGGUAUCGUGCCUCACUGCAGAGAUGAUCAAGGUGCAGGAAUGGUGCCACCUCUUCAGGAGCCUCCGUCAGCAGUGCCACGGCAGCCCCAGGGCAGCAACUACAACAUGAUGCUCAAGAAUCAGCUAAUAAACAAACAGCUUCAACAACAAGAAAAGCAAAGGCAUAUGGAGCAAAUGAAUGGAGGGCAUAUCUCAGACUGCCAACAGGUGGCACCAUUUCAAGGUCCAGGUCGACCACUCCCUCCAGAGUGUGGUGGAUAUCCUCUGGGAGCUUCUCAACAGCUGAAUUCCUCCAUGCUCUCCCAUAGUGGUCCUUUACCCACAAACCGAAUGGGUCUUUCCUCCAGCUCAGUCUCCCAAAUGGGCCCGUCGGUUGGAGGAUACGUGUGUAGCAAAGGUUCCAAACAACCCCUGUGUCACCCGUCGCAAGACUUUGGAAUGGCGAUGCAGCCUGGCCAGAGCAUGAUGGGAAUGGGUGGCCCUCCACGUCAACCGCUACACCCGGCUCACGCUGUGACACGACCAGGAAUGCCAUGUCCCAACCUUCCAGGCGGUCCCGUGCCGACCCACCACCUGCGGCAGGCGCUGCACCAAGGCGGAGCACUUCAAUCGCGUAUGAUGUUCCCCUCCCAGCAGCAGCAACCCACGUCACAGUCCCAGCUCUGGCAGCACCAACAAGCGGUGCAACCGCAUAUGGACCCUGCAAACCAUCAACAUCCGUUCCCCACCGGAGGAGCCCUACCUGGAUGCGGAGGUCCUCAGUUUCCACAGCGAUCCGGCAUGGCAGGUAUGCCAGCCAACUUCCCCGGUUCCCGUCCUCCUCCUAACCAAGUCGCCCCUGGUUUGGUUGGCAGACAGGAGCAGAAGAUUCCCUCCAGCCAGCCGCUAUCCUCCAUGUCCCAACAGAACCUCAGAAUGCGAGGUUCGCUUUCCGCUCUAGCUGUUAUGAAACCAGGAGGUCCAUCCAUGAUGCACCCUGCCCAUGGGAUGGGGCCUCCAAGUUACCAGACUGCUUCCGCAGGGAAACACUGUUCACCACAGGGCUACAACCCCGGAGAUAAACUGCCUUCCUAUGACUACACGCCCCAUCAUCAGAGCAAUGGGGCAAUGGCAGCAGGGCUACAAGGACCUGGAGGAGGAGGCGGUGGCGGUGCUGAGGUGGACUUCAUAGACACUCUGGUGGGCAACAACGAAGACUGGCUGAACAAUCUCACCAUGAUUGAUGAAUACCUUGAGCAGAACUCAUAGGGAGUGAUCAAGAGCGUCCUAGGUUUGAAAAUCACUACACACAGUUGCCAGAAUGGGUUCGUUGGGGUCAUCACUCUGAAAGGCACGUUCACACCAAAAGUGUUAACUAUAACAAGAACUAUAGGGGCUUUCGCACCAGAGGAGCCUGAUCAUAUUCCCAAGAACUACUGGUGUAAGGAACACGCUUUUUGGCACAUUUGCACCACAGGAACUAGAAACGGUUUUUAGUUUUAGGAACUCCGUUUGGGGGAACUAAAUUAGCUCCUACAUCAGAGUAUGGUCUAAAACGGUUCUGUAGGAACCACCAGUGACUUAAAGGGUUAGUUUACACAAAAAUGAAAAUUAGCCCAUUAUUAGCUCACCCUCAAGGCAUCCUAGGUGUAUAUGACUUUCAGACAAAUCCAAACGGAGUUGUAUUAAAAAUUGUUCUGGCUCCUCCAAGCUUUAUAAUGGCAAUGGGUGGGUGUUUCUUUUCAACAGUCCAAAACAAGUUCACUAAGGUGCAUCCAUCCAUAAUAAAGUGCCUGCAGGGGGGUGAAUAAAGGCCUCCUGUAAAAUAUCCAGAUUUAAAUUGUAAUAUGCACUUUUACAUAGCUUGCGCUAACAGUAAUAUACAGAACAGUAUGUAUACAUAGGAUGUAUAUGUUGCACAUUCGCAGCUCAUAAUGACAAACGCGCACACGCAGUGGAGCGACUAAAACAAAACAACGGUCACGAAUUAGAAAUACAAAAUGAUUUGUAAAGAAAACUGUCAGAGGAUUUUGAUAUAAGCCAAGAGGAGACUGGUUUUCUUUUUAUGUUGAAGUAAGGAAACUUUGCUCCCUUUGCUCCUGUAAACAAACGUUGGUUUUCUCGAAACUCACCGUCCUGUGUCGUCUGGCUAGAGCACCUUCUGUGUAUAACAGUUAGCGCAAGCUAGAUUAAAGUGAUUAUUACGUUUUAAAUAUGGAUAUUUUUCUUACAAAACCGUAUCGAUUCACUACAGGAGACCUUUAUUCACCGGCCGGAUCGUGUGAGGCACUUUUUAUUAUGGAUGGAUGCUCUUUAUUAGACUUCAAAAUCUCAAAAGCCAUUUAUUGCAUCUUAGUUCUAGGAACUAGCCAGCACGAUUGGCUUAAAAAGCUUUAUGGUUCAUCGUUAUAGUUGUCAUCUUCGAUGUGAACGAAACUUAAAACUCCUAUAGCAUUUUUUCUCAUGGCUAGCAUUAGGGAGAAUGUAUUGGUGGGAUUGAGGCACUGCUAGCCUGCUGAAACAGCUUCGGCAGUCAUUAAACUGGCUUAUAUUAUAAGAUGCCCUUUCCCUUUCUCUAUGGUUGCUCUUCCAGUGCUCUCUGCGCUGUUUUAGGAGAAUAUUGUAAUUAUCGUCAAAUAUAUUAUGGAGUGAAACACUGAUUCCUGAAAAGCUGGGCUUUCCCCGGCAGGUUCUCAUUCAGUUAAAAGAGGUAGUUUAACCAAAAAUGACAAUUCUGUCAUUAUUUACGCACCCCAUUUUGUUGCAAACCUGUAUGACAGAAGACAUUUUGAAUUCUGAAAGUUAAUGGGGUUUAAAACAACACUGACUUUCAUUGUAGGGACAAAAACACUUGUGAGUAGGUGAUGACAGAAUUGUCAUUUUUGGAUGAACUGUCCCUUUAAUGCAGUGCGGUAACAGUAUUGUUGGCUGUCUAAUGCCAGACUAGGCUCAUAUGUGCAGCUUUUUGAAAAGCAUACGAAAUCAUUUCUGUGAUGAACUAUUUGAGGGUAUUUCAAAAGGGGCUUGUCCUGUACAUAAAGUAUUUUGUAAAAUAUGGUUUCUUAAAGUGUAACAUACAAAAGAGAAGUACACAUAUUUAUGCUUCUUUUCUGCUGAUGAGUUCUUCUUUGUAAAUAAUUAUUAAAAGAAUAAAUAAAACAAAAAUGCAAUGAUGUAAAGAAAUGCGUGUCACGUUGAAAUUGCAAAUGAAAUAUUUUACACUAGGAAACUCUAUUGUAAUUUGUAUUAUGCAAGACAGUAUGGAUCGUUUUGGAGUAAUACUAUGUAUUACAAAGGUGAAAAAUUUGUUAUGUUUUUGACAUAACUGGACUUCUGGUACUCCAGUCUGGCUUAAGAAGGGUUUUCGUUUUGUGUUUUUAAAUCGGGAGGUUUGGAGUACAAUGUUUCUCAGCCUUGUUACAGCAUUUCAUUCUGACAUUAAUUGCACAGUCUAAAGGUUCUCUAACUUGUGUCAUAUUGCCAUAGCAUAAUACAUUUUACACUAGACACCAGUGUCUUUGUAAUAAUCUGUUCCAUCUAACAAAAUGAGGAUCUUAAGGAUCUUGAUGUUUUCUGGACCAAGGACACUUUUCAGCAAUUCUAGGAAUGUCUUUUGUAAGUGCACACCAGCUACACUGAAACGGCAGCCUCAAUGUAGCAGAGGGACGACAAAAUAUACGAUCACACCACCUAUUAUGUAAUACAACAGCAACACCUGUCACAGUAAGUGCAUAAAACCCACAGUCCUUUGUGCCAGAGUCUUGGGUUUCCAGUAGUUCAUGACCAUGUAGUUGAUGCCAUGAACUUUAAGACAUUCUGAUUUGUGAUUAAUUGUGAUUUAUUAUAUUUUGUCUUCAUAUUUUUAGAUUGAAAAUAAACUGUAUAAA